ACAAACAUCAACAAAAAUUAAAAGAGUUGGGAGCGUUCGUGUUUCACAGGCCUGAAAGGCGAAAAGGAGAUGGCGGCGAACGAUGAGGCGGUGGACUUCGACGACGACGAUCUCAUGGACGAGGAUGGCCAGGAAGCCGAAGCCUUCGCCGUACCUAAGAUACGCUCGACUAUCAUCGGCGGCGGCGGCGGUGCCGGAGAGGCCUCUAAUGUCCCCAGGAAGAUCAAGGGGAGAGGCUUCAGGGAGGAAACUGGGGCUGAUCGCGGUGCUCGUUUUGGAGGGCGAGAUUUUGAUUCUCUCGACUCUGACGGCGGUCCUGGACCCCUAAAAUCUAUUGAAGGGUGGAUUGUGCUAGUCACUGGAGUGCAUGAAGAAGCUCAAGAAGAUGACCUGCACAAUGCUUUUCGUGAGUUCGGACAGAUCAAGAACUUGCAUCUAAAUCUGGAUCGCCGGACUGGUUUUGUCAAGGGCUAUGCACUUAUUGAAUAUGAGAGCUAUGAUGAAGCAAAUGCUGCAAUUCGAACAUUGAAUGGUACUGAGCUUCUCACGCAGACCAUUUAUGUUGAUUGGGCAUUUAGCAAUGGUCCUUACAAGCGCAGAAACACUAGACGAAGGUCUCCACGGCGCCGUUCCAGGUCCCCACCUCGAAGAUAUUGACGUGAUACUUGGCAGCAGCAGUAAAAAUCAGAGUGUUUUUUAAAUGAGUGAGUUUUGCUGUUAUGUUGGCUUCUCUUGACUGUUCUGGAGCAGUCGUUUGUGAUUUGGCUGUAAUGCUUGUCAACUAUGUAUUUCUUCGGUUGCUGAUAUUUUAUUGUUAUGCUGCGGAUGCAAAUAUAUAUUUUGUAUGAAUUUUACAAUCGGUUGAUGCGUAGGCUUGCUUUAACACAGCAUGCUUUUUAACGCUUUCCAGGGAUCACAUUUUCUGUUUUCCCUAAAAGAUGAUGUUUAAAGGCAGACUCGCUGCUGUUUACCA